AUGGCUAAUACUCUGGUGGGAAAAUUCUUCUACCUACGCCCCAUGGUGGAGAUGGUCAGAAAAUGGGUCAAGGACAAAUGGAAACUGAAAUGGAGUGUUUCUGUUAGUGCCAUGUUUGGAGCCCUCUUCCUCUUCAAAUUCACUGCUGAGGAGGAUGUCGCUCUUGUCCUCUCUAGAUGUUGGUCCUAUGGUCGAAACAACCUAUCCCUCUGUCGUUGGAAGGAUGGCUUCGAACCAGCAACUGAUUUACAUAAAACUGCUCCGGUAUGGGUUCGGCUCCCAGGGCUUCCCCUUGAAUACUGGGAUGAGUCCAUCUUUAAAUGGAUUGGGAAUUCCUUUGGUCAUUUUGUUGGUGUUGAUGAUAUCACCAGAGCCAAAUCACGCCUGGUAUAUGCUUGUUUCUAUGUUCAAGCUAUUGUGACCAUGAAUCUCCCCAACUUUAUAACCCUCGAAUCCAGGCUUUGUAGCUUGACUCAAGCCCUGGUUUAUGAAAAUGCCACCCUCUUCAGCCAAAAAUGCCACAAAUCUGGGCAUAUUAUUUCCCAAUGUAAAGCUUUGGCCCCCUUGCCUCUUAAGCUUAAGGACUCAACCGUGGUUGAAGACCUUGUGCCAAAUGCUCCUAUUAUUCAUCAAGACUCGGUUGUGGGGCUUGUUGUGACUCCUACUCCUGGCCUAGACCUGCCUCCCCCUGCAGUCGAGGACCCAGUUAUGGAAGAAUACCCCUUUGCUGAGAGUAUUAACAACCUUCUCAAAUCUCCUACAAAGCAUGUGGAUGAAGCCUCUAAAUCGGCCUUGAAAGAACAGUGCAUCUCCCUGACGGCCAACUCGGUUUCACUGGUUGAUCAACUGGAAGAUGGCCAGAUUGUGAGGGACCCCACUCUCACCCCAGAGAUAGCUUUCUCCUAG